AUGGAGGUCCCGGAUACUUCUGCUAUAUUCCAUCUAGCAGAAGGUGAACUUCUGUCUUCCCCUAUUCGACCUACGACAGAUAAUCCGGCCACACUGAUUGCUACCAGUUAUUCUAUUCUACUUCAAAGACUCUAUCUGGCACUCGCACGUUUUUUGGUUGGCGUACGAGACAUCUACGAAGUCGCACCUGAACAGAAGAAGAACACCCGGCGACUUGCGGUUUGGUCGGUUACGCAAGUACACUUAGUCUGUUCAUUUCCUUUAUCUCUGAUGUGUUUUUCUCAAAAAAAUUUUUUGGAAGUGAUAAUUUAAAAAAACCAAUUUCUGAUUCAAACUCUGUCUACAUAUGGGAUGAAUGUAACAGUUGUUAAUUGUACAGUUUGAGCGUGGCUGUCCUCAUAGAAAUUGUAUCACUGAAUAUCUUUAAAAAUCUGCCAUCAGAGACCUUAUUCAUUUCAAAUGUAAACUCUCUUUUCUCAAAAUUGAAGUAGCAUCAGUUGUUAAGCGAACUUGGCAAGCCAAAGUCCGGCACAUACCAUCCGAUUUUUAUUUCACAUGUUCACUUGAGAACCAUUCUUUUAAGAUCCUGAAGCCUCGACGACGAGACUUUCGUCGACGCCCGGGAUGUGGUGCUUUUCUCUUAA